AUGAAACAUGGCCAGACUGGCGAGACCGAGCACUUCAAGGGAGAGGGUAUGGAGGAUUUGAAGCUCCUCCUGCAAUGCAACAGCGUGGAGUCCAUGAGAGCUGCUUGGUUCGGCGGGAAAAGAUUGUGGCAGCGCAAGCGCGACUGGGAGAAUAUGAUAUUGUCUGCCAUGCACUUCUACCCGGAAAGGACCCCAGAGCUCCUGCUUGCCACUAUCGACCUGCACAUCACACCAGCCGAGUUUGUGGUGGACACUAUCUGCUACUUAUUCGAGCGCGCUUCGCUGCUACCGGCUCGUGAACAGGAGGAGCGUCAGCUUGCGAUUGCGCGGCUGCUCCUGGAUAUUCUCGGACCUUUCCCGCCAAGGUAUUUCACAUUCCCGCAGUGGCUUCUCGGUCGGGUGGCUUCAGUCAGCCCAGCCCCGUUGGUGAAAAGGCUACAUUGGGUGCUUUUCUCCAAGUACCACCCUUUUGACUGGAAUACACAGUUCAAAUUCGCUAGCCGCCUCGCGCGUGAUCCUAAGGGCAAGGGGGCAGCACUCAGGAUCCUGGAGAAGAUGAUAGUGAAGAGCCGUCGAAUGGGGUCCUCACGGCGCCGGCCGACAGGGAAGAAGGGGACAAGGUUCUUGAGGUUUAUCACCCUUGGAGGCGGCCGCGUCUAUCAAUGGGUAAAGCUGGACGACCCGAACUUCCAACGUCGUUUCGCCGAAUUGGCCACCGCUAUCGUCUCAGUGCCUGAAGGGUGGAAGCACAGCGGUGAAGGGUCGCCGUUCACUCUGCAGUUACUGAAUACCAGGUUCAAGCGUCUUAUUGACAUCGGCAUCCCCCUGAAUCACAUAACACAGACCGCCAUGCUUCAGGCCAUCUGUUCGACCGGCGAUCUGGACGCAGCCUGGAACUUGUACCAUCACAUGCUCGAGCAAGGAAACAAGCCGGACGUGCGUCCCUACCUUCUUCUCCUUAACGCCGCCAAGCGCGCGGGCAGCAUCGAAUCGAUUAUGCGAGUCAUCUUGGACGCUCCAGCGGAAGUCCUGCAAUCACGCUACAUAUGGAACGAAGUUCUCUCCGCCGUCCUUACAGUCGCCACCCAGGAAUGCAUUGAGAAAAAGGUCCCGCGACCGCGGACCGUACCCGCGUUCGACUUCAUGCUCCAGAUCUACAAGAAGUUUUUCAAGUUGGAACCCCUCGAUAAACUGCUUCCGUCUCACCUGCUCACCCCUUUCGAUACAACUUACCCAUGGGACUGGAGGGCGAAACUGGCCGUAGUCAUGGACAAACUACCGGCCCGUAGGAAAAGAAAGCUCGUCAACCCUGGUGCUGACACGUUGCGCAUCAUGCUCCACGGUUAUGUCAAGGGUUUGUCCAAUGCAUCCUUGCUCGUCAACUUCUACGCGCAUUUCCGCACACUGCUCAAGGAUGGCGACCCUUACGUCCUUGAGCUUCUCCGCGACAGCACGCAACCCUAUGACGUUAUCAUCAAGGCGGUCACGGACCACCCGGGCUUACUCAAAGUGGCGGCCGAUAUUCUCAACGACAUGCUCCGGGACGCUGGGGCAGCCACCGCUUCCGGGAAAAUGAGUGACCCAUCGGAGGAGCACUCGCAGACCGUUCAAGGCCGACACGCUAAGGCCCGCCGAAGACGUCGGCGCAAGAACAGUCGUUCCCAUCGCUCCACCGAAGGCCCCUUUGUCCAUCCUCUACCCAGCGUCCACACGUGGAAUGCCAUCCUGGCCGGGUUCUUCAGGGAGAGGCGCGUGCGCCAGAGCUGGCGCAUCUUCGAGCUGAUGCGCCAGCACGGCGUCGAACCAAACAAGGUCACCUGGAACACGCUGAUCGCGGGCUACACGGCCACGCGCGAGAACCAGCUCGCCGUAGAGACGCUCGUCCAGUUCGAGAAGCUCGGCUACAAGGCCGACGAGAGCACCCAGCGCCAGAUGUCCAUCCUGUCCAAGCAUGGACCGACACGGCGACUGAUGGAGGAGGCCGACAACCAGAUCCAGAUGAGCAGGCAUAAGUGGAAAAUAUUUCGGACGCAGAAGCGUCUUGCCGAGAUGCAGGCCCGCCGGGAGGAGCACCUGCGCAAGAUCUAUACGCUCGGAAUGGGGAAGUUCCCGACGGCGGCGGCGGCGGCUGUGGCGGCGGCUAAGGCGGCAGACGAGGCCAACGCUGCGGGCAAGACUGAGACCCCGACCGAGACCGAGACCAAGACCGGGGAGAAGGAGGAGGAGCUGUCGCCGACUGCGGAUUUCUUCAAGAUGUACGACGAGCUUAUCUUCCAAGCAGAACAGCAAUGA